GGCGCUGCAAAAAUUUCCACAUUGGAUUAUUGGUUAUUUCGUGGAUGUACGCUAACGGGUAAAUUCGUCAAUGUAAAUCGAUUAAAAAGACCACAUUAGCGAUAGUUGGGAUGGGGCAGACACUCUCCGAGCCCGUGACAGCCAAGGAGACCUCGGCAUGUGAGAACCACAUGUUCAAAGUGGGCUCCUCCUGCAUGCAAGGAUGGCGCAUCAAUAUGGAGGAUGCGCACACGACCAAGCUAAACAUCGAUGAGGACCGAGACGCAGCUUUCUUUGCCGUCUAUGACGGACACGGCGGGGCCAAAGUCGCACAGUACGCCGGCCAGCAUCUCCACACAAAACUGACCAAUCAGGUGUCGUAUAAGAAAGGCGACAUCGCCGACAGCAUCAAGAAAUCCUUCCUCCUAUUGGACGAGGACAUGCUCAGUGAUGAGGCAAUGAAGGAUGAACUUGCGGGAACAACAGCACUGAUUGUGAUGGUAAAAAACGAGAAAAUAUAUUGCGGUAAUGUUGGAGACUCCAGAGCAGUAGCUAGCGUCAGCGGUCAUGCGCAGGCAUUGUCCUACGAUCACAAGCCUGGCAAUGAGGAGGAGACCAAGCGGAUCAUAGCGGCCGGUGGAUGGGUGGAAUUCAACCGAGUCAACGGCAAUUUGGCACUCUCAAGAGCGUUAGGGGAUUUCGUCUUCAAGAGGAACGAAAGUAAAUCAGCAGAGGAACAGAUAGUAAUAGCAUUGCCCGAUGUGACAAUCAACGACAUCCGACUAGACCAUGAAUUCCUGGUGCUGGCCUGCGACGGCAUCUGGGAUGUACUGACCAAUCAGGAGGUGGUGGACUUCUGCCGGACGAGAAUAGCCAGUAAAAUGGACCCGGAAAAGAUCUGCGAGGACCUGAUGACGCGGUGCCUGGCGCCCGACUGCCAGAUGGGCGGCCUGGGCUGCGACAACAUGACGGUGGUCCUGGUCACGUUUCUGCAGGGGGCGACGUACACGGACCUGGCCACUCGGUGCGCAGUCACCAAGCCCGACAAGCCGCCAUGGGAAUCUGAGGAGGCUAACGUAUGAGACGCUAGCUGGGGGUAUUAGACGGUGGAGGUGAUUGUACAGAAUUGUGAAUAUGAUUGCGAAAUGAUGAUAAAAUGGCUUCCUGGAUUGGACAUCCUUCCAUAAACAAAACACAAAAGGAACAGGUGUGCUGGCUCAUCAAGUCAACAACUGCUGUAAUUGUUUCUUUCUCUCAGUCUUUUGGUUCAGAUGAUGUGAUAAUGGCAGAUCUGCAAUGUUAGCGGUUACGAUCAUUUGCAGAUAAAAAGCUUGCAAAUACGAACAUUUUAGUGUUUGCAAUUUUGUUUAGAUCUGUGGAACUUUCUGGAACUGUGGCAGAGGUGCAAAAAUAAAACCCUACUUUCUAUCCCUUGCCUGGCUUCCCAUAAACAAAACACACACAAAUAAAUAAAUAAACAUAUAAGUAAAUAAAUACAAUAGCUUCCCUACGCAUCGUCGUCCUUCAAAUGGGCCUAUCUUGUAGGUAUGGUAGUCGGCAAUAAAUGCAGUACUGAGAGUGUGUAUAUUUUAGUAAAAUAAAUAAAAAUCAAAUAUUAUAAUGUGACUAGAUUAUAUACUAUGAGUUUUAAAUACCGACGGUUUAUAUAAAGUCAAUUUGGGGGUCAAUUUUGAUUUCGGGAUUCGUAGUUGAUGUGUCGUGUUUUGUAAGCCGUAUUGGUAGCUGUACCGAUUUACGAUCCUGCAUGCUGUUAUGUACAGUUUGUCGGGCAUGUAGGGGUAGCAUAGCCGAUAUUCAGCUCCAUUUUUGUGACUCUGUAAAAACUUACAGAGUACGGUAAAUCAAUGAAUUUAUCUUCAAUAUGAGCGUCAAUAUGCAGACGAUACUUUGUUUUUUUUCUCAUUAGUAGAGUGUGAUGGUCGUUUACUGAUGCUACGCAAGAAUCGAAAUUAGACUCGUUCAGAAAGUGUGAGAUAGCGAAUAAAAUAUAGAUCUGACUUUGUGAAAAAAUUUGGGUCGGUGUUUUUUAUAUCAAAAAAUUGUUGGUUUUUCUUUCAACGCUCAAAGCAGUUGAUUGCAACGAAAAUUAUACAUGUACCUGUACAAUGUAUGUAUCUUUAAUAAAAACCUCUUUGGUUUUGGCUAGUCGUAAACGUAUAUCCACGAAAUUACCAGCAGAGUAUUAGUUAAGUGGGAAAGAAUGUUUCAACCUGACGCUGUUUUUUUCUUCGUAUAUCAUUUCAAUGAAGGUCAGUCAUUGCAAAAAUGAUGAUAAGACAUGAAUCUGGGACUGAGAAACAUUUCCAACUUUGUUAGGAAAUACUUAGAAAAUGUUCUUGACUCUCCAUAGACUUUGUACACAACCGCUGAAGUGGCGUCAGGUUGCAACAUUCUUUCCAUUGAGUAAACUCUAAUUACAAAUUCAGUGAGGAAAAAAGCAGAUAAAUCAUUCAGUUGUGCAGUAAAAUAACACACUGGGCAAUGAAUGUGGACGUACGGGCAUGUACAUAUUGUAAUUAACAACCGAAAUUAAGAUCUUUGCAAUUUACGUGUAGUAGGGUGCAGGCAACUCUAUGUAUGUAGCAAAUGUGUGAAGACUUCACAAAGAGUUUUGGUUGCUUUCCGUAGGAAAGACGUAAUCCCAGUGUUUUGAAGACCUACUCCUGACGUGUUAAUGUUGAUAGUUGGCAUUCUUGACUUAACAUCGAAAAUUCUCGCAUUUGUUCGUGUUCCUGCUAAUAGACAUUUUGGUUUGCUUUAUUAUUGGGAAUAAAUAUGCACUUGGCCGGUUUUAAACAGAUACGUUUAAAACCGACUUGAGGCCUGGACUUCGCCAGUAUCUGCAACCAGGCUCCUAGCUGGUUUUAAACGCACUUGUUUAAUACCGGUCAAGCACAUAUUUACUCCCAUUCAUAAAUACUGUUUCGGUCACAAUUUCAAAACAAGUCAGAAAUUCACAAUUUUCCAACGAUUUUGUUCAACAAUUUUACCUCAUGUUUUGUGAAACACCCCUCUUGGCAUGUCUAUGGUAUGUGCCUCGCGUGCUUAGCACCAAAAAUCUCCUUUUAUGGAGAUUGCACGCACACAAUGUGGCGCAGAAUGCAGUGGUGUCGUAAAAAGUGUUUUAACCCAGUUGGUGUUUUAUCAACUGUUAAAAACCACCGGCGUGAUGGGCUCUUGACCAAUAGAAACGGGUAAACUGUCGUAGGUAUUUAAGAACAUUAGACAAAACUUUACACACCCAGAAUUUGCAGCAGCAACCAAAACGGUUCUUUGCAUUUCAAAAAAUCGCAAGUUCCAUAUGGAACUGUUCAAUUUUCUUUCAUUUUCUUUUUUUAAUAACAGUGGCUGUAAAAAUUCAAAGAGUUGUGCCACGCAAUUUUUUUUUUUCAAGUACUUGUAGAGAUUCUGUGACAAAUCGAGUUUCAAUUGUAAAUUAUUAAGCAGUUUGUUAAAUUGUACAGGACUAAAAAAACAAAACAAAAAAAGAGAGAAAAAAAUGUUGAAAGGCAUUGUACCAAUGGAUAUGAUUAAAACGUGUGUUUUUCUGGAUUCA